AUGGAGGCUUCUAAGACCCGCGAGGACGACCGCCACCUCGCCUCCGUAGAACCUACGGACGUUCCCGCCGCCGAGAAUGCACUUGUCGCGCCUCUUCGUGAGGUGACUGAAGCCACAUCUGGACAAGAAACGAGCGGGCAGCCGCUCACCGCCGAAGAGCCAGAGCCUCCAGUCUCAGAAACCGAAGGCUGGAUCAUCGAUGCUGAGGAUGAUGAAGACGCCGACGGCUUCAAUGGGCCUGUAGGCAUCGAUCCGUCCUUACUAGGUGACGCUUCCGACUUUGAAGACGACGACUCGGACGACACAUCGAGCGAAAUUGGGCCCUUGCUGGCCGAUGAUUUGGAAUACGCGCCGUACUUUACCUUGGAGAAUGACGUACCAUUCGACAUCUGGGAUAGCGGCAAUAGCUACAACAUCGACGCCGGCGAGCACGAGUUCAGAGGGAUGCGUGCAACAGACAUCGAUGAUGAUGACGACGACGAUGAGUAUGACCAGGACGAGGACAAUGAGGAAGACGAAGUAUUCGAGACAUUCGAGGGCUGCUUCCAGCCUGUGCCUGCAGCCCUCAUGCCCGGCUCAGACGGCGGCUGCAGCGUAUGCGGCGACGCCUUCUCGAUGCUCACCCUGCCGAUCCAGAUCCACUGCGGCCAUGCCUUUUGCCGGCACUGUAUCUGCUCAUGGGCUGACGGCUGUGUGCGAGCGUACAAAGCGCCCAACUGUCCCAUGUGCCGUUGUGUACUCCGGCCAAUCCAGACGCCUACGGUCGAGCAGAUAGCUAGCGGGCGGUGGAACGAACUCCUGACAUUCCGCCACGCAUGGGCGGACGCAGCACGCCGCGACGAGCUUGGCUUCAGCGCGCGCGUGCAGUGGCACGGUUCGAGUGUCGUCCGCCACCACCGCGAGGAGCUGUACGCCGCGACCUACAUGUACAGCUCGCUGGCCUCAAGCCCGCGGGGCAACUCAGCGACCCCGCGCGGCAUGGCGCUGCUGCUACAGGCUGUCUGGCGCGCGAUUGAGGGGUUUGAGGAGCGCGAAGCCAGCUUCGAUGAGGCGUACGGGGACCUUUUGGCCCGGGCUACGGCUUUGGUGGAGGAGGAUUCAAAGGGCGACUUUGUGGUGCAGAUGGUGCCGCAGACUGUGGAGGUGGUCAAUGACUGGUUGGCUACGCUGAUUGUGAUGGGGUUGCUGAUGGCGGCGGAGCUGGCAAGGCCGGCUGGUAGUGACGUGGAGGAGGCGGAGGUGGAGGCGGAGACAAAGAAGGGGCCUCAUCGCCCUCGCGCUGUGAGUUUUCUGCGGACGUGCCCAACAUGA